AUGGCAACUAUAUUAUUGACUUAUCUUUUGCUUAUUAUUCCUGUUAAUGGUCAAUCACCGUGCGAUGAAAUAUCGUUUGUUGAUCGAGCUGGGUGGGGAGCACGAAAACCAACUUCAAUAACAAAUCUAACAAGGAAACCUCUUUCAUUUUAUGUUAUACAUCAUACUUAUCAACCUCCAAAUUGUUAUGAUGAUGUAUCAUGCAUUCAACGAGUACAAGCUAUUCAAGAUUUGCAUCAAAUUGAUCGAGGAUGGGUAGAUAUAGGUUAUCAUUUUUUAGUUGGUGAAAAUGGAAAAGUUUAUGAAGGUCGAGGAUGGGACCGUCAAGGCGCUCAUGCACCCGAAUGGAACGAUGAUGCAUAUGGUAUUUGUAUCAUUGGUGACUUCAGAACAGCAUCUCCAAAUGAAAAAGCAUUAAAUGCGGUAGAUUCAUGGAUUAGGUGUGGUAUUGCACUAGGCCAUGUCAAAAAAGAUUACUAUAUUAUUACUCAUCGACAAUCACAACGACCAGGUUAUACAGAAUGCCCUGGUGAUGGUACAUUUAAUGUCGUAAAUAAAUGGUCACGAUUUUGUUCAUUUCAAAAUUCUGGAGCUAAUUUAACUGUAAAUGAAACACGAGUAUCUCUUGGUCUUAAUUUCUGCGAAAAAGAACUUGGAUUAUCCUCAUCUGCUCCAAUACAUUUGUUUACGCCAAUUGUUUUAUUUCAUCUUUUAUUAACUUAUUUGUUCUAA